CAAAACGGGCUACCAAAACUGGGAACUUGGACAGCCAAAUAGUGCUAAUGGAAAGGACAACUGCGUGACUAUGGGCAUUUCUGGAGGAUGGUAUGAUGCGCCCUGUCAAUUAAUCAGGACUUUCAUUUGUUACAAUGCUACAAACCAAAAUGAGAAAACCUACGUGUUCAUCUCAGCUUCAAAAACAUGGGCUUAUGCUCAAGCAUACUGCAGAGAACACUACACAGACCUGGCGACGAUCGAGAACACAGAAGAAAAGAAUCGCGCAUAUUCUGUAAAACCAGUUUAUGUUGAAAGUUGGAUUGGUCUGUACAGAGUGCCGUGGACUUGGUCCGACAAGACCCAGAGCUCUUUUAGAUUUUGGAAAAGUGGCAGCCCAAAUAACUACGGUGGGAAUCAAUUCUGUAUGGCUGAGAAUCCUGAACAUGAGUGGGAUGACGACGACUGUCUGUCCAAGUUUCCUUUCAUCUGCCAUCAAGUUUCAAGAGUGAAGACAACCGUCCAGAUGAUGAUUCACACUGACGCCGACUUAUCUGAUCCAGCUACUAACACCGAAAUCCUGCAGCAGCUUGGUGCAGAGCUAACAAGUCAAGGCUGGACUGACUUCAAUCUGCAAUGGAAGAUUCAGCCCAGAAAACAGGAGGAAGAGAAACUCGGGGAAUAUUAAUUCAGUUUACAUUCUUGAUAUGUUUGUCUGCAAAUCCACCAACAGACAUAAUGAUGUUGUUAGUCACAAUACUCAGUACAGUUACUCUAAUUUGUGUAUUUCAUUAUGAUGCAGUAUUGGCUUGGUAUCCUGUCCAUCAACAUGAAUCCCACUGCAAAAUAUUGGUGUUCAAUUUGAUUCGGAGCUCACAUUAAUCCCUCACGUCAACAAACUGGUCCAGUCCAGUUUCUACCACCUACGGUCCAUUUCAAGAAUCAAACACAUGCUCUCACUCCCCAACCUGGAAAAAGUAAUUCACGUAUUCAUCUUUUCAAGAUUUUGAUUUUUCUCCUACUGUUUGAAGUGAUUAUAUUACAUUUAUUUGGUUUGUAUAAUUCACCUAUUUGAUUUAUUCCAUCUCUUUAAUUUGCUAGUUGUAUUCAUUUUUAUUGUUAUUAUUUAUUUCGUUUGACCAAUUUUUCACUCAUAUCUUUGUUCUACUUCCUUCUGCUUUGUUUAGUCAAGCACUUUGUAAACUGUGUUUUUAAUAAGUGCUAGAUAAAUAUAGUAUAAUUAUUAUUAUAUUACAUAAUUAUGCAAUACAAUGAUGUGUGGAACAACAGACACCAGCAAUGAAUCUGAGGGUGGAGUGAUAAAUCACGUCUAGUUCAGUAAGAGCGGACAGAUAAAAAGUUUGUCAAAAGUUUACUGGAGAAUUUCAAAGGCCUUAUGUGCUGUUUUUGCACAGCAGUAGAGGACUGUAUCAUCAGCAUAAAGAUGGCUGUUACAAUUUAUUAUAGAGGAUCUACUCUUGUUAACAUAGGCUGUGGAUAAGAAAGGACCCAGUACUGAACCUUGCAGAACCCCUUUAAUCAAUGGUAAAAACACGGAAAGAUCAUUUUCUACAGUCACACACUGUAUGUGUAUGAGAGAGGUAGUCCUUGAACCAGUUAUGAAUUAUAAUCAAAACCAACAUCACUUAACCUCUGUAUGACCAAAGCAUGGUCAACAGUAUCAAAACCUUUUGUUAGAUCCACAAAGAGGGCAGCAUAGUACUUCCCUUUAUCAACAGCAGACACACACACACACACACACACUCAAACAAAUACUCUUAAGAAUAAUGUGUUUCUGAUAUGGUCUCUGUUGUCUAUUAUCUAAUUGACACUUGCAAACUUCCAAUAAAAUAUAUUUUCUGAUAAAUAAUUUGGUAACAUUAUAUUCUAGGUGAACCUAAACUAAAUCAUGUCUGUAUAUAAUCCAUUAUAAAUCUGUGCAGCUAGUCAACUUGUCAAUACAUCCAUAUUGGAAGGUAUUAAGGCUUUGAAAGG